AUGGCUGGCGCCGGUGGAGGAGGCGGAGACGCCGGCGAUGACGUCUACAGCGACUUCAUGCUGCUGCGGCCGGACAAAAGCGGGCUCUACGCCCUCUUCCACCUCAUGUGGUCGUGCAAGGUGUCCGAGAACGCGGCCGUGGACUGCCCCGCCGGCACGGAGAUGUCCGACUGGCGUAGGCGGUGGGCGGUGCUCGUCUCGCUCGUGGCGCAGGUGCUGAUGCUGUGGGCGAAGAAGCCGAUGGCCCUGAUUGGGAGAGUGACGGAGUACUGGAUGAACCUCGUCAACGAGAAUGGCGGCGGCGUCCUCGUGCUCGUCCUCAGAGCGCUGCAAGGAAAGCUGAAAUUUCCAGACAGGGCAUCCCCCAACUACCGAUCCUGCGUAGGACUACUCGACAUGAGAGUCGAACUAGACAAGGAAAUUAAGCGUGGGGAUAACAACUACCACGCUGCUCUAUCGAUCAUGGCUGCAAAGUUAGCAUACGAGAAUGAGCUCGUCAUCAGAAAUGUCGUCGAGAAACAUUGGCAGAUGAAAUUAUUGGCAUGCUACAACUGCUGGAAUGAUUUCCAAGAGGACUACACCACCCAGGCGUUCGUGGUCGCCGACAAGGCGCCUGACGCAAGCCUCGCCGUGGUGGCGUUCAGCGGCACGAGGCCGUUCGACAUGGAGCAGUGGUGCACGGACGUGGACUUCUCGUGGUACGAGGUCCCCGGCGUGGGCAAGAUCCACGGCGGCUUCAUGAAGGCGCUCGGCCUGCAGAGGCACGGCGGCUGGCCGAAAGACGUCGUCGACUCGGACCCGCGGAAGCCGUUCGCGUACUACGCGAUCCGCGAGGCGCUGCGGCGCUUCCUGUCCGAGAACGCCGACGCAAGGUUCGUCGUGGCGGGGCACAGCCUCGGCGGCGCGCUCGCCGUGCUGUUCCCAGCCGUCCUGGCGCUGCACCGGGAGGACGCCGUGCUGGCCCGGCUGCAGGGCGUGUACACGUUCGGCCAGCCUCGCGUCGGGGACGAGGCGUUCGGGAGGUUCAUGGACGCGUGCCUCGGCAAUAAGCCCAGCAGGUACUUCAGGUUCGUGUACUGCAACGACAUCGUGCCGAGGGUGCCGUACGACGACUCCGCGCUUCAGUUCAAGCACUUCGGAACCUGCCUCUACUUCAACAGCCUCUACACAGGACAGGUGAUGCAAGAGGAGCCAAACAAGAACUACAUCUCGGUGCUGACGGUGGCGCCAAAGGUAGUGAACGCGGCGUGGGAGCUCAUCCGGAGCUUCCUCAUCGGCUACGUCGCCGGGCCGGAGUACGCAGAGGGGUGGCUGAUGCGGCUCGCCAGAGUCGCCGGGCUCGUGCUGCCGGGGCUCCCCCCGCACUCGCCGCGAGAUUACGUUAACUCCACCAGGCUCGGAGCACGAGCAAACCGCCACAGUCACAGUACAGGACCAUUCUAG